CCUCCUGGCGGUGGCCUCCUCCCCUACAGCUUUAAAAGGGAGCCGGCGCCCAGCCUGGCAGACCCUGCGCGGGAGCCGAGGCCGGGAUGACGACCGAGCAGCGACAGAAUCUGCUCACCUUCAGAGACUAUGUCAGGAAGAUUCUGGAUCCAACUCACAUUCUCUGCUACAUGGCCCCCUGGUUUAGGGAGGAUAAGAUGCAGUAUAUUCAAGCUGAGAAAAACAACAGGGGCCCGAUGGAGGCUGCCUCACUUUUCCUACAGUUCCUUUUGGAACUCCAGGAGGAAGGCUGGUUCCGUGGCUUUUUGGAUGCCUUAAACCAAGCAGGUUAUUCUGGACUUUAUGAAGCCAUUGAAAAUUGGGAUUUCAACAAAAUUGAAAAGUUAGAAGUGUACAGAACACUUUUAAGACGUUUGCAACCAGAAUUUAAAAACAGAAUUGUUCCUUUAGAAAUCCUUCCUGAACUAGCUGAAUGUUUAAUUAGUCAGGAAUGUGAAGAAAUUAGACAGAUUUGUUACAACAGGGGGAUGAUAGCAGGUUCAGAGAAACUGAUCGAAUGCCUUCUGAAAUCAGACAAGGAGAACUGGCCCAAGGUUUUGAAACUUGCUUUGGAGAAGGAACAGAACAACCUCAGUGAAAUGUGGCUGGUAGAGAAAGGUGAAAAAGAUAUUGAAAAUAAAGAUCUGGAGGAUGAUGAAAUGGAAACUUCUGAAAUACACAUUUUCUUCCAGGAAGAUCCAGAAUACCAGAAUCUUAGUCAGAAUUCCCAGGCACCCUCAGAAAUGUCUCGAACUAACUUGAAACCAAGAAAUUACCAACUAGAGCUUGCUUUGCCUGCUAAGGAAGGAAAAAAUACAAUAAUAUGUGCUCCUACUGGUUGUGGGAAAACCUUAGUUUCACUUCUUAUUUGUGAACAUCAUCUUAAAAAUUUUCCACAAGGACGAAAAGGGAAAGUUGCUUUUUUUGCUAAUCAUGUCCCUGUGUAUGAGCAGCAGAAGUCUGUGUUCUUGAGAUAUUUCGAAAGGCUUGGGUACAGUGUUGCAGGCAUUUCUGGAGCAACAACUGAAAAUGUCCCAGUAGAACAGACUAUCAAGAACAAUGACAUCAUCAUUUUAACACCCCAGAUUAUUGUGAACAAUCUCAAAAAUGGAACUAUUCCAUCACUGUCUGUCUUUACUUUGAUGAUAUUUGAUGAAUGCCACAACACCAAUAAACACCACCCAUACAAUAUGAUCAUGUUCAAUUAUCUAGAUCAGAAACUUGGAGGAUCUUCAGACCCACUGCCCCAGGUUGUUGGGCUGACUGCCUCAGUUGGUGUUGGGGAUGCCAAAACCACAGAUGAAGCCAUGCUUUACAUCUGCAAACUGUGUGCUUCUCUUGAUGCAACAGUGAUAGCAACAGUCAGAGACAACUUGGAGGAACUGGAGCAAGUGGUUUAUAAGCCCCAGAAAUUUUCCAGGAAAGUGGAAUCACGGCCUACCAACAAAUUUAAAUUCAUCGUAUCUCAGCUGAUGAGGGACAUAGAGAGUCUGGCAAGGAAUAUCUGUGCAGAAUUUGGAAACUUAUUUCAAACUCAAAAUGGGGACUUUGGAACACAGAAGUAUGAACAACGUAUUGUUGGAGUUCAUAAAGCAGGCAUGGUGUUUCGACUGCCAGACAAAGAGGAAGAGAGCAGGAUUUGCAAAGCACUAUUUUUGUAUACUUCAUACUUGCGGAAAUAUAAUGAUUCCCUCAUUAUCAGUGAGGAUGCACAAAUGAAAGAUGCUCUGAAUUACUUGAAAGACUUCUUCAACAAUGUCCGAACAGCGGGAUUUGAUGAGACUGAGCAAGAUCUUACUCGGAGGUUUGAAGAAAAACUGGAGGAAUUAGAAAGUGUUUGCAGAGAUCCCAGCAAUGAGAACCCUAAACUCAACGACCUCUGCCUCAUCUUACAAGAGGAGUACCACUUAUAUCCAGAGACCAGAACCAUUCUUUUCGUGAAAACCAGAGCACUUGUGGAUGCUUUAAAGAAAUGGAUUAAAGAAAAUGCUGCACUCAACUUUCUAAAACCUGGUGUAUUGACUGGUCGUGGCAGAACAAAUCAGAAUACAGGCAUGACCCUCCCAGCACAGAAAUGUGCACUGGAUGCAUUCAGAGAAGAUAAAGAUAAUAUUCUGAUUGUCACCUCAGUUGCUGAUGAAGGCAUCGACAUUGCUCAGUGCAAUCUGGUCAUCCUGUAUGAGUACGUGGGCAAUGUCAUCAAAAUGAUCCAAACCAGAGGCAGAGGAAGAGCAAGAGGUAGCAAAUGCUACCUUCUGACUAGUAAUGCUGAUGUAAUUGAAAAAGAAAAUAUAAACAUGUAUAAGGAAGAAAUGAUGAAUGACUCCAUUUCAAAACUUCAGACAUGGGAUAAAACGGAAUUUGAAAAAAAAGUUCACAGUAUACAGAUACAUGAUAAAUUCAUCAGAGAUAGUCAACCCAAAUCAAAACCUGUCCCUGAUAAGAAAAAUAAAAACCUGCUCUGUGGAAAGUGCAAAACCUUGGCAUGUUACACGGCUGAUGUACGUGUGGUAGAGACAUGCCAUUACACUGUGGUUGGAGAUGAUUUUAAGGAACGCUUUGUGAGUAAACCACACCCCAGACCGAAGAGCUAUGGGGGUUUUGAGAAGAAAGCAAAGAUAUUCUGUGCCAAAGAGAACUGCAGACAUGACUGGGGAAUCCACGUGAAGUAUAAGGAAUUUGAGAUUCCAGUCAUAAAAAUUGAAAGUUUUGUAGUGGAAGAUAUUGCAACUGGAGUUCAAACACGGUACUCAAAGUGGAAAGAUUUUCAUUUUGAGAAGAUACAGUUUGAUGCUGCAGAAUAUCCAAAUGACUUCAGGGCCUAAGUCUUUAGCUACAGGGAAUGAACCACUGCCAAUGCAUACAAUGUACCAGCGCCAUACACACUGAGCUAAAUAAAUGAAUGGGAUGCUGAAAGGUUUUCCAUACCCCUAUCCCCAUUUCCUUAACCAAUGUAAACUGGCUUUUCCCCUUAAUCUGCUGUUCUUUUCAAGGCUGCCAGUGACUCUGGUUGCCAAAUCACACGGCCAUUUCUUAGUCCUUUUGACUUCUUUGUUGCAUUUGGCUGUCUUAUUCUUUUCUUGAAAAUUUCCCUUGGCUUCUGCCUUUCUAUUUUUUUAAUAAAAAUAAAAGCAUUUUUAUUGCUUCUUCUUUGCUGAUACCUUAAGUGUAGAUGAUUCCAAGGGUUCAGUAUAUACCUACACAAGUACAAGUUACAUAUCCUCAUGUUUUCUUAAUAGCAAUGUGUGGCAUGGUAAUCAUAAAAUUCUACAGUAGUCCAUUUUUUAGUGGUGAGGGCACAUCAGGGAUACAAUGCUUCCUAAGAAGUUGUUUACUUGCUCAUUUAAUUUGUUCUCUUAACUCAUGCCAUUCUUCCUUUGGUAUAGUCAUCUCAAGCCAUUUUUCAUUAAUAGAGAUUGAUGCUUAACACUUGGUUUAUCUGUCCUCAGUUAAGCCCCUUGGUUGCUACUGUGGAAAUGGUUCAAUUUUGCUGUUCCUGUUACUUUAAAAAAUUAGAAUAUGUACUCACAUGGCAUUCCUGUGUCUUUUAGCAAGGUUUUCUGAUGCUUCAGAGAGCUUAGUUUGGGGUUUUCCAGACAUGGUAACAGUGCCUGGGUUUAUUUUAUUUUUGUCUUGUGUUUAGUUCUGGGUAGGAUCUAUAGUAAUUUAAGUAUCACCCCAAAACAGAUUCAGAUUGGUUGGUUGUAGUUCAUUACGACCAUUAAAUGACCUAAACAAAAUUCCAGAGAGCACAAAAGGUUAGUAAUAUGUUCAGCACAUGUGAUGACAUGACCUUUUCAAGUAAGACAUAUUUAUAUCUGAAGGCUAUUUGGAAAUUACCCAGAUGAACCCUGGAGAUUAAUAGGAUAACACAUUACGGCAGCUUUACUUUCCAUUUCAGCAGUAGUGCUGGCAAGUAGUCAAGUAAACUUGCCAGUUACAUAGGCUCUUUGUAAAACAAGGAUAACCCCAAACUGUCAGGGUUAGUGACAGCUUUUAAUUAAAAUAUAAGAAAAGUACACGACACACACACACACACACACACAAAUAAUUAAUUGCUUAACAAUGGUUACUAUAAUAGUAUUCUUAGAUGCAAUAAAAAGAUUAUUUAAAACAA